CACGCGGUGCGGUAGUGAGCGAAUAAGCUCAGCAGUUGUGCUGUCGCGAGUGUUUUGUGUUCGAACUACUUUAAACUAUUAUAAAUUAAUAUAAAUUACUGUAACUAGUAUUUCUUGUGUUAGUGAUGUCGAAAGACGGCACCAGAUUAAGUCGUCUGGGAGUGCUUGCUCCAGCCGCUCUCUCAGCAUGCAUGGACGCCUCUGUCCUGGCCGUGCCUGCAGCAGGGGCGAUAGUAUCCACAGUACUGAAGGAACUCAGCAAAGCCUUCAUGCUUAAGAAAUGGUUCCAUGGGAUCAUGUCGGCCAAAGAGGCCGAACAGCUCAUCAUGGAGAAAGGAAGGAAUGGCUCGUUCUUGGUGCGAGAGUCGCUGACCCAUCCCGGCGAAUACGUCCUCUCCGUUCGAGUCAGAGGUCGCGUGUCCCACGUUAUGAUACGGAGACAGCAAGAUAAAUACGACGUUGGUAGUGGUGAGCAGUUCGACGAUCUGGUUGGCCUAAUCGAGCACUUCAGAUCCUACCCUAUGACGGAGACCUCCGGAGACGUGCUGCGUCUCUUACAACCUGUCAGCGGCACCUGCCUCCGAGCCAAGGAUAUAGAUGAGAAAGUCAUGGAAAUGGAUGACAUUCAAAAACCAGAUAAUAAAUGUGGCUUCGAUGGGGAAUUUCAUUCCUUGAAAUUGAUAGAAGAUAUGUUUGUUUUUACUGCAAAUGAAGGCGUGAAGAUGGAAAAUAUGCACAAAAAUCGCUACAAGAAUAUAAUACCAUACGACGAGACACGGGUGGUGUUACGUCGUGGCAGUGAUGAUUCCAACUGUUCAGAUUACAUCAACGCAAACUACAUCAGAUCCUCUCGCCUCAGUGACAUCUCUAGCUCUGUACAGUCGUCCACAGAAAGUCUUAACAGCGUACAUUCACUGAUCCUGCAUAGAGAUUCUCGGGAGUCUGUACCUCUCGUCUCAAAGUCACUCUCCGAUGACGCACUUCGAGAGGUCAAAAAGUUCAUGAAAUUGGACAAAAUAAAAGGAAGUAAGCGUCGAAAUAAAGUGAAAGACAAAACGUACAUAGCAACACAAGGCUGUCUUACAAACACGGUGAAUGACUUUUGGCGUAUGAUCUGGCAAGAGGAUGUCAGGGUAAUUGCUAUGAUCACAAACGAAGCUGAAAGGGGAAAGAAAAAGUGUGAACGUUACUGGCCGCAGUCCGGUCAGAAAGAGAUGUACAGUAACCUGCUGGUGAAGUCAAUAUCCGAGACACAUUACGAAGAUUAUCUUUUGCGUGAAUUUGAUAUCAGCGACAAGAAUACUUACAGAACUAUUUACCAAUACCAAUUCACUGCGUGGCCUGAUCACAGUAUACCUGCAGACCCAGACGGAGUACUGGCUUUUAUAGAUGAUAUCAACAGAAGGAUGCGUCAGAAUAUGGAAGAGGAAGGAGCUCCCGAACAGAAUGUGCUGUGCGUCCAUUGUUCAGCUGGGGUCGGCAGGACUGGUACAUUUAUUGUUCUCGACAUGCUCAUCGACAAGAUUAAAAUAUCCGGCCACAACUGUGAUAUAGACGUCCACAACACUGUUAAACUGGUCCGAACGCAGCGGAGAGGAUUGGUGCAGAACAAAUCUCAAUACAGAUUCAUAUAUCUAGCACUCAAGAGUUACAUCGAAAAUAAUAGUCUACAGUCACGUAAAAAGAUCUACUAGAGCGGAGCGUAACCGAAGAUCACCAAAUGUUGGACCAAAGUGCACAAUAUUUAAAAAAAUAGUAUUAUAUCGAGAGUGUAAAGUUAUUACAUAUUUAUUAGAAUUUAUUUAAAUUGUAGCGCCCUUUCUGUCGAACCCAAAAAUUGAUGUAGGACCAUUUUUUAUCCAAGGUUUUCUUUUUAAUUACCAUAGACAUAAAAUACCAUAGUUGUUAGUAUAGUACUGGUAAUAAGCUAAUAUUAUAUAUGUCAAUCCAUUCGAAGUAAUAAUAAUAUCCGGAUUUAUGGAGAUCGAUUAUUGGGUUCGGCCGAGAUGAUACUGUAAUGUUUAACCAAAUCAUAUCGCUGUAAGUUUGCUUAUAAUUUUAAAAUUAUACCAGUUACAGAAAUGAAA